CAGCCCAGCGCAAGUUAGGCGGUAUUGGCCCCGCCCCCCUUCGGUAAGUCGCGGCUGGGACUCUCUCUCUGUAGGGCGCGAAGACGGCGAUGGGGAGCUUGUCGGAUGUGGGGAGCUUGCUGCUGGAGAAGGCUGCGGGGAGCUCUCUGUCUCUCUUGCUGGCCGCCCUCGCCCUGAGCCUGGGGUAUUUUUUUCAGGUGGGCUCUCGCAACCGGAAACAGCCCAGCACCAGCCAAGAGAAAUAUCCUCCUUUUAUAUCAUCAAACAUCCCCUUUUUGGGACAUGCAGUUGCAUUUGGGAAAAGUCCAAUUGAAUUUUUAGAAAAUGCCUACGAAAAGUAUGGACCUGUGUUUAGCUUCACAAUGGUGGGGAAGACAUUUACUUAUCUGCUGGGUAGUGAUGCUGCUGCUGUUCUGUUCAACAGCAAAAAUGAAGACUUGAAUGCAGAAGAUGUGUAUUCACGGCUAACCACACCUGUCUUUGGCAAAGGAGUUGCAUAUGAUGUACCUCACUCAAUAUUUUUGGAACAGAAAAAGAUGUUGAAAAGUGGUCUGAAUAUAGCACAAUUUAAAAAUCAUGUGCCCAUAAUAGAAGAAGAAACUAAGGAAUACUUUAAAACUUGGGGAGAAAAAGGAGAAAGAAACUUGUUCGAAGCACUUUCAGAACUGAUAAUUUUGACAGCAAGUCACUGUCUUCAUGGGAAAGAGAUAAGAAGUAUCCUCAAUGAGAAGGUAGCACAGUUGUAUGCUGACUUGGAUGGUGGAUUUACACAUGCUGCUUGGCUUUUGCCACGUUGGUUGCCUUUGCCAAGCUUCAGGCGAAGAGAUAGAGCCCACAAAAAAAUAAAGAGUAUCUUCUACAAAGUAAUUCAGAAACGCCGACAGUCCCUGAAAAGAGAGGAUGACAUGCUUCAGACUCUACUGGAUGUCACUUACAAGGAUGGGCAUCACCUGACAGAUGAUGAAAUUGCUGGGCUGCUGAUUGGGCUGCUGUUAGCAGGGCAGCACACAUCUUCAACCACCAGUGCCUGGCUUGGCUUUUUUUUGGCUAGAGACAAAUCACUCCAGGAAAGGUGUUACAGGGAGCAAAAAACAGUGUGUGGAGACAAUUUCCCACCAUUACAUUAUGAUCAGCUCAAGGAUAUGAGUUUGCUGGACAGCUGCUUGAAAGAAACGCUAAGACUUAGGCCUCCUAUAAUGACUAUGAUGAGGAUGGUUAGAACUCCACAAACUGUUGCUGGAUAUACAAUUCCACCUGGGCAUCAAGUUUGUGUGUCUCCCACUGUCAAUCAAAGACUUAAGGACUAUUGGGUAGAAAAUGUAAGCUUCAAACCAGACCGUUACCUCCAGGAUAGCCCUGCUGCUGCUGGAGAGAAGUUUGCAUACAUACCGUUUGGUGCUGGUCGUCACCGUUGUAUUGGAGAAAACUUUGCUUAUGUUCAAAUUAAGACAAUUUGGUCAACUCUUCUGCAUUUGUAUGAAUUUGAUUUGGUGGAUGGAUAUUUUCCUACUAUAAAUUAUACCACUAUGAUCCACACACCCAAUAACCCUGUUAUUAGAUACAAAAGGAGAUUACACAAUACAGAUUUCUCCAGCUGAUCUACAGAGUCAUUUCUGGACAAAUAAUGAUGUGAAGACUGAACCAGAGGGCAUUGGUCUGUGUUUGUACUGCUGUGAAAAAAUGUGAUGUCUUCUUAGAAUACCUGGAAGUCUGUUCCUUGCUUUACAUUCUAAUUAUGUAAUUUGAAUAAGCAUUCCUAAUUAUUUCAGGCUUUAAAAUUCGAAUUCAGUUAACUCUGGAAUGAAAUGGAUGCUGUGUUACAAAACUAAUAUUGAGUAGGUUUUUAGACUCCCAUCUUUUAACACAAAUUAGGAGUUUUAUCUGCUGUUCUUGAACCCUUAAGAAAAGUCUAAAUUGCUGCAGUAAAGUGAUGCUAAGUUCAACUGAGUUUUAGAGCUUUACUGUGGGAGCUUCUUUAAGUUUAGAUGAAGCCACAAAUCAGUAAGAAUGGGAGCUGCAGGCCUUGGAAAUGUCACUGUUGUUUUGGAGGAAACAUUGAUCGUCCCUCCUAAAAUUAGUCCUUACAUUUUUUCUUAAAGAAUAUCAUUUGUUAAAACCUUUUAUCCUCUCCUUUGUGGAAAAUUCAGCAUGUGUCUUCUGAGAGAAUCGUCCUGCCCUGGAGAAAAUAAACCUGGAGGAGUCAAGCAUAUGGCAAUGGAAUCUGCUAGUUUCUCAUGCAGAUAAAAUGUAUACAGGAACUGAGCCAUUGCUAGUUUUUUGGCAGACACGUGAUGUUUGUUUAGUCCUACUAAUGUGGAGAUCAGUGAUUAGGAUUGUCAGUUGUUAAAAUGUAGUCAUUGGAGUGACUUGAUGUUCUAAGACCUCAUUAAAAUUUUUAAUUAAA